AUGACGGAGCUAAUAUUCUUCUUUGUCACGUCUAUUAUCCCCAAGAUGCUGGUGGACAUGGUUUCUCUGAACAAAGCCAUCUCUUUCUUGGCCUGUGUGGCCCAAUGCUAUUUCUACUUCUCCUUUGGCGCCAGUGAAACCAUCCUUGUUGUGAUGGCCUUUGAUCGAUAUGUCACCAUCUGCAAGCCACUGCGCUAUGCCACCAUCAUGAAUGGAUGGGUCUGCAUUGAUUUGGUCCUGGGGUGCUGGAUCGGUGGCUUCCUUGCUCCUGUUGUCCCAAUCAUUUUACUCUGCCGCCUAUCCUACUGUGACUCUAAUAUUAUAGACCAUUUCUUCUGUGACUAUUCCCCAGUUGUAAAGCUUUCUUGUAGUGAUGUGCAGCCCCUCCUGGCUAUAGAGAAUGUAUUGUGCUCAGUUAUGCUCCUCAGUUCUUUGUUUGCCACUCUUCUCUCUUACAUCUACAUCAUCGCCACCAUCUUCCGCAUGCACUCCACCAAAGGUCGACUAAAGACAUUUUCCACCUGUGCAUCUCACAUCUCUGUUGCCUCCAUCUAUUAUCUCAGUUCAAUCUUCAUGUAUUCUUUACCCAGCCAGGGAUACUCCCAAGAUGUCCAGAUGGGCCUUGCUGUCCUUACUGGUGUUGUUACUCCUUUACUGAACUCUUUUAUUUAUAGUCUAAGGAAUGAGAAGGUCAAGGAGGCCUUCCAAGACUGUCUGAAGAAGAGACAAAUCAUGCCCUGA